GCUUUUUCGCAUCGCCUCUCAACGAACCAGUAGCCAGUGUGUUGUGUGUUUUUGGGGAUCUAAGGCCAAAGUCACCAGUUGGUGCAUCCAAGCAAGCUAACCAGUGGUGUUGUGAAAGAAGGAAAGUGUUUGGAGUUGGUAACCAAACUGGCACAAGUGUUUUAAGGCAAAAGUGGAAGUUUGCUAAUUUUGCGUCAUAAGUGCAAGGAGGAAGUGCGAGAUUUUGGCGUGAUCGUACAGUUAUACCAAUAUCGCGAACCCGGCCCUCGAGGAAACUCUCCAAGAGCCAGACAACAAAGGAGUUAUUGCAACGUGCCUGUGUGUGUGUGUGCGUGUGUGUUGUGACAAAAAAAAAAGGAAAACAAAAUCCACUACCGAAGGGUGGUACUUAUGUGUGAAGUAAGGGUAGUAAACUAAACACUGCAAACCAGAGAGUUGGGAUAGCGAGUUGUGAAACAAAGAAUAUAAAAGCAAUUGUGACAGUCGAAGAGAGCUUAAAACCGGAAGUUCUACCAGGUGUGUUUAGUGUUGAGAAAAGCCAACGUAGUAAAGUGAAACACAAUGGAAAACACAGCAGCCGUUUUACUGUCGCCACCGGCAACGCCACCAUUACAGGAUACGAGUCAGCAACGGCAGCAGGACGAUGAAUUGCUAAAGAACAACAAUGCGAUUCGUCAGGCACUGAAGCGAAAGUUGGAAAAUGCAGCUGCUAAAACAACGUCAUCUUCAUCAUCGAGCGGCAGCUUCGUCACACCGAACCAUUCGGAUGCGUCCGAGGAUGAGUCGGAUCUGCCACCGCGCAAACGUCAGUACGUGCGCAACCCGGACCAGUUGGAAUCGCACGCCGCCCUGCAGAAGCAGCUGCAUCAACUACACCAGCAGCGGCAGCUAAACGGUACCGGUGGUGCUCCAACACCGCCGCCGUCGGAGUUUUCCGGCUCGGAAGAUGAAACUACCAAGUCCGGUUCGGACGAGGAGCGCUGCUACUUCCAGGGUGGCGCCACGAACGAAGCGCCCCAGCGGGAAAGUGUGAUCAUGCGCAUCAACAAGGAUGGUUCGUGUACGAAGACACCGGCAUCGGAGGAGGCGGGUGCAUCCGGUGCGGAAGGAACCGCCGGGGGACUCAACAUAUUCCGCAGCUACAAGUUUAAGAUGGGCCCUCGGAUGUCACCACCUCCACCAACCGCGGCAGCAUCGGCGGCGAGUUCAUCAUCCGUGCCAGAGCAAUCGUGCAACGACAGCAGUGCGGCAGGUGUUACGGUUGAAGAUCCGGCUGCAAGUAAGACAUCCUCAGCAGUAUUCAGCAUCAGCAGCAAUGGCGGCGCUGGCAAACGUAAGAAGAAGGACACGACGAAUGCUUCCCCUGCUUCGUUCAGCUCGAACCUCUUCAGCCAACCAAUCCUACCGAAGGUGCUGCCGACAUCAUCACCCUCAACUUCAUCUACCCUUCCUGUGAUAGCGCCCAAGGUUACCGUCGGCCCGGCAACUGCGACCCCAUUCAUCCUGGCCACCCAGAACGGUGGUUACAUUCUCCUGCCACAGCCAAUGUCACACAACCUGCUGCUUGCUACCGGACCGACCGGACCGGCAGUCGUCCCCGAAACGCGCCCCAAAUCGCAACCCGCUCCAGCAUCGGCGACGGUGAAAGCUGACAGCAAAAGCGGAGCGGAACAGCGCAACCAGCUGGCAACGGCCACCACCGGGCCGAAACCCGAACGGCGCCGCAUCUACGAGUGUGAUCAUCCCAACUGUGGGAAGAAUUACUUCAAAUCGAGCCACCUGAAGGCACAUCAGCGCAUCCACACCGGUGAGCGGCCGUUUAACUGCAAGUGGCCCGACUGUGGACGUCGGUUUUCCCGCUCGGACGAGCUGUCCCGCCACAAGCGUACGCACACCGGCGAGAAGAAGUUCGUCUGUCACGUCUGCGAACGACGGUUCAUGCGUAGCGAUCAUCUGUCCAAGCAUGUCAAACGUCACAACAAGGACCCGAGCAAGACGGCCGGUUCAUCCACCACCACCACCCCGGCUGGCCAAACCGCUGCCGGACGGAGAACGGUAGCCGCCGCCAGUACUGCGUCCCCGUCGGCGACGAUCCUGCCGGCCGACGUCAGUAUGCGUUCGGCGGCCGCAUUGUACCAUCACCAUCAUCAGCUGACGACCGUAUUUCAUCAACCGUCGCCACAUCCGUUCGCAUCCGUGCAGCAAGCGUCGGUGUACUAAAGCGCGAGCGCCGCUAAAUGCUCAUCUAACUUUGUGUGUCAUAAUGCUGCCGGAUGACUGAUCCGGGUGGGUGUGAUAAUGGUAGCAAUCAUUCCAAACCGGGCGUCUGAACACUUCGCUUCAUAAUGGUAGAAAGAGAGACAGAGAAAGAGGUGGAGAAAAUGAGGGAAGAAGUGUAGGAAGCUAUUGAUGGGAAGGGAACUCCUCGCAACAGCAACAACAAAUCAAAAAAAAGGAUCAACUUAUCCUACUCGUUCGUGAUUUUUCCUCUUUCUCCAGUUAGGUUUAAACAAUUCUGCGUGUGUGGGCGUCGCGAAGCGCCCUUUCCCGUGCGCGCCCCCUCACCAAUCUGUGAUCGUUUUUUUUUUCUUACAAAACGGAAAACUCUGCUACGCUAAACAAGCAAGGAAGCAAGCAAAUUACACAAAAAAUAGGGGAAAGAAAACCCCCAAAACCUAAGCCACCUCUAAUCACGAAACUUCUGGUAGCCGGCUUAGCGUUUUAAGAACUCUCUUAUCUUACCACAAUCACUACUAUCUAGUAUCUAGAAAUUAGAACGUUGGGUGGAAAACACGACUCUCCCAGCGAGGGGAUGGUGUGGAGGGGGAGGUUAUAGAAAGGGUCUCAGGAGAGUGUAGAGCAAAGGUGGAAGGAAAAACUAUUCAAGGAGAACAGAAAAGAAGACUCACAGUUUGGUUCUACUGUCUGUGUUGUAAGAUACCGUUACAAUGAAUGUUUGUUUUCGUUCAUCGUUUAUGAUUUUGUUUUGUGAUUAUUAUGCGCACCAGUUACUACAGAAAUGGGUGUUCGCUUUUUCUUUUAGGACUUACGGUGGUAAAAAGCGGUGGCGUCGCAAAAAUGUGUGACAUAAUAUGCGGCGUCUCGAUUGAGCACAGUAGUAGCAAAAGGGAAAGCCCGCGCAUUAUACUUAGUUGUGUGUGUGUGCGUGUGUUUGAGCUGUCCACUAUUCUGUAGAAGCUUGUUUGGUUCGUAAUGGUUUUCGUUAAUUUAUUUUAGUCCUUAAUUCGAUAUAGCCGUUAAAAAUGCCACAGUAAGACAGUUUAAGUUGUAUGCACAUUAGCACGAGAGGGUGGAAAUGUUGCGAAAUAAGCGAAAAACGAAGAGCAGAGUGAGAAAGUGAAUUACACGAUCAAGGGGAGAAAUGUAACAGUAACAAAUCAUAAUGUGUUAAAGUAAAAUACUAUUUACCUGUAUCACUAUACAUCAAUGCCAAAAUAGGGACAGUUUGAAAAUGGAACAAAAUCAAAGCAAAUUGCAAACAGCAAUAACCACCAACGCAAAACAAAGAAAUCCCAGUAAUAUAUACAUUCUUCU